CCGCAUUCUCUCCACACAUUACUUUCUUCAUGGCUGCCACACUCACCGCUGUCCUGCCCGGCGACGUGAUCCCGUCCGACGCCCUGCCCCAGGGCACUGGCAAGAAGAAGACGCUCACCCUGGGCCCGGGCCUGCGCCACCUGCCGCCCAACACCGUCACGGCCACUGUAGCCGGCGCAUUGGUCACAGACAGCAAGAAGAACGCCGCCAUCGUCGAGUACAACAGCGGGAGGUACCUUCCCUUCGCCGGCGACCUCGUCAUAGCCACCGUGAGCGGCUCGGCCGCCGAGAACUUCAGCUGCUUCCUCACCCCCAACACACCGCCCGCCACCCUCCCCCACCUGGCCUUCGAAGGCGCCACCAAGAAAACCCGCCCCCAGCUCCCGCCGCGCUCACUGGUCUACUGUCGCGUUGCCAGCGCGGGCAGAGACUCGGCCCCAGAGCUGACCUGUGUCGACCCCUCGACUGGCAAGAGCGAGGGUCUUGGGCCGUUGAAGGGGGGCAUGCUGUUCAGCAUCAGCUUGGGCAUGGCGAGGAGGCUGUUGGCUCCAAAGGGCGACUUGCCGCUCCUGGGCGCAUUGGGUGCAAAAGUGGGCUUCGAGCUCACAGUAGGUAGAAAUGGGUUUGCGCAUGUGGAUGGAGGCAAUGUCAAGACUACCCUGGCAGUUGGGAGGGCGGUGCAAGAAGUUGAUGAGCGGGCGCUCGGUGAAAGUGCGCAGAAAAAACUGGCUGCUGAGGUCUUGAAGAAUUUGUGAUGGCCUCGACCGCCCUGCUCUCGACAAGCCCGACGACACCAUACGAUGCGACAAUGCACUCAGGACACACGACUGCAAAAUUCACCAAUCAUCAUCUUUUAGUAUUCGAGCAACGUAACGGGUCAGUAGUCGCAGCACACCGCGUAUGAGAAAUCUUCAGGCUUGUAUUUUCUUCCCUCU